AUGGCAGCUUAUGCAGCCUUGGUUUCUCUAAUGCAUCUCAUAGAUGACAUCCAAAACCAUCACUCCCCACCCAUCUCUCUCCACGAACAACAAAUUCAGUCUCUCACUGAACAUGUUAUCUUCCUGCAAGAAUUUCUCCAAACUUACAAGUCCCCUGUUUCCGACACCGACGAAGCAGAUCCACUGGAGAUGCGUAUUGCAAAAGCUGCUUAUGCGGCAGAGGAUGUUAUCGAAUCUCAUAUCGUCCAAAAGAUUCAGCUCAGUAGAUCCGAAGCAACCAUAAUCAGAAGCUCCUUCAAUGGGUUUUCAGGAGAUGUCCCUGCAAACCACCUUGAUCAUGAUAGACGAAUCGAAUUCUAUCGAGAGGUGGAAAACGUGAUAGAAGAAAUGGAUCAGAUCAAGAAAGUGGCGAUGGAGACCAACACGGAGAAGGUGGUGAUGCUCCGUGAUCAACCGCGUAGAUUCAUCCCUUCUUCCAGUGGGAAGAAGAGUAGUGGCAUGUUCUCUGAUCAUGUCUUGCAUGGAAUCAUGGACAAGCUCAUGUCAUAUGAACCCGGUCGCCUAGUCAUCCCCAUAACAGGUAUGGGUGGGAUAGGUAAGACCGCUCUUGCUCAAACUGUUUAUUCACACAAAAAUAUCAUUGAGCGUUUUGAUAUUUGUGCUUGGGCUACUAUUUCUGAACAAUACAACACGAGAGAAAUUUUGUGUGAACUUGUUUCUCAAGCCACUAACAAAGACAAGAAACAACUAAGUGAAAAGAGUGCAGCCGAAUUAGGAUUAGAGCUCCACAAGUAUUUGUUUUGUAGAAGGUUUCUAAUUGUACUGGAUGAUAUGUGGGAUAUUGAAUCUUGGUACGAGAUUCAGCGUUCCUUUCCUAACAAUGAGAAUCACAGUCGAAUAAUGGUGACGACUAGGCAAUCACAACUGACUGCUCAGUUAAACAAUCAUUAUAGCCAUUCAAUGGCGUUUCUUGAUGAGGCUAGUAGUUGGAACCUAUUAUCCAAAAUUGUGUUUGAAGAGGAACCCUUUCCUCUUGAAUUGGAGAAAGUUGGAAAGGAAAUUGCAAACAAUUGUGGAGGACUUCCUCUAUCAAUUGUUGUAGUGGGAGGUCUUUUAAAAAAUAUGGAACACACCCAAAAAAUUUGGGAGUCAAUAAGAAACAACUUAACUUCAGUAGUAAAUUUAGACAAUAAUAAGCAUUGCUUGAGAUUGUUGAAAAUGAGCUAUAAUCACUUACCAGUCUACUUGAAGCCUUGUUUCUUAUACAUGGGUGUGUUUGAGGAAGAUGAUGCAAUUAGAGUCUCAACGCUUGUCAAGCUAUGGAUUUGUGAAGGAUUUCUUAAACCUGUAGAUGGCCAAAGUUUGAAAACAAUAGGGAAAGUGUUAAUAAAGGACUUAGUGGAUAGAAAUCUCAUCCUAGUGGAUGAGUUGGGGUGUACUGGAAACAUAAAACGAGUCAAAGUUCAUGAUUUGGUAAGAGACCUAUGCGUGAACCAGGGCAAGGAGGAAGAGUUCUAUCACGUGGUAGGGGAAUCUAGUCUUCAAGGCAUAAAGAGCCAUCGCCGCAUUGUCAUACGCAAGAACACUUCAGAGGAGAAAGUGCUUGAUCACUUGCAAUCUAUUUCCCAUGCUCGUUCCAUUAUUUGCGAUUAUGAGAAAGUUCCACAGGGCCGGAAUUUUAGGUUGUUGAGGACAAUACAUGCAUACGGAUAUCAUCAUAAAUUUGACGAGUUCUACGUGAAUUCUCGCGUGUCUGGGUAUGUUAACUUGCGUCACCUUGCUGUUGAGGUUGCUAAGAUGUCCUCAAUUUUUUCUUCUUUCGGCCACCUUUGGAAUUUGCAGACUUUGAUCGUUAAUUGUGAGAGUGAGUCUUCCGCGCCUCCUGAGAUUUGGAAAAUGCCUCAACUGAGGCAUAUUGCUUUUAGCGAGUCAAGUAGAUUCAUGAUUCUCCCAGAUCCAUCAAGUGAUGAUGUUGUCAUGGAGAAUCUAGUGGUAGUUAAGGGAGUAGUCAAUUUCAAGUGUGAUAAAGAGGUUGUUAAGAGAAUACCCAACAUCAAUAAACUGCAUAUAAUCUGUACAGAGCAAGAUGAUGAUUAUUGCAUUGGAAAUAUUGAAUGUUUGGGUAAAUUAGAGUACCUCAAAAUCCGUCUUUGGUAUUCCUGCGUGGCUGGCUUUUAUAAGCUCAUGUUUCCCCAAAACCUCAAGAGUUUGAAACUUGACGUAGAUAGUUGCUUUGACUGGGAAAUGAUGUUGGAAAAGAUCGGUUCAUUGCCUCUACUCGAGAAGUUCAAGAUACAGAGUGGAUGUUUUGGAGCAGGCAAGUUGGAAAUCUGUGAAGGCCAAUUCCCUAGCCUCAAAUACUUGGAAUUGCUUUUUUGUCAUAACCUAAUACACUGGACUGCAGAUGAAGACAGCUCCAUCUUUCCACGCCUUGAGAAGCUUCAUCUUUUGUGUUUAGAUGAGUUGGAGAACAUCCCAUCUGAAAUUGGAUACAUAUCCACACUCAAAAGCAUACAAAUACAGUAUUGUCAUGAAUCAGUGGUGAAAUGUGCAAAAAAUAUUGUAGAGGAACAAAUGGAUUGUCAAGGGGGCGAUCUUUCCUUUAAUGUUUACGUUGAGGUUUUGGGUGGUUCUAAUAAAGAAGAAGCAGUGUUAAAAGAGCUGCAGAGCUUGUCUGGUCCCAACUUUGAAGUUGCAUGUAAAUUCUAUUGA